UGAAAGUAACAAAAUACUGACUCCGUGGAUUGGCACCGUUGAAUUGAAAUAACUUACACACUUAUUGAAGUUGUUCAGUUCUGCGAUACUCCAGUGUCAUGCCAACCACAAGGAGCAAGGAAAAGAAGAGAAAUAGUCCAAAAGGCAACAACAAACAAGAUUCAGAAAGCCCGGACAAUCUUUCAGUCUCCUCCACAGAGUCCCAGGAAGAUAACUCUCAGAGUGACACUUCGCAGUCAUCUACAUCCCCGAUUUUAAAGAGUAAAAAAAGGUCUCCAAAAAGUCCAUCAGAGAAAACUUUAAGAGAAUCUAGUGUAAAAGAAAAUAAACAGUCAGGUUCAGACCUUAGUUCAUCUUGUUCAUGCUGUGCCUGGUGUGUCAUGAUUACAGGGAUACUGAGCUGUGUUCUAAUUGUGUUGUUCAUACUAGUUGUAAUCUCCUUGCCACAGGGAUCAAAUGUUACUGACUCGUACCAUGCUAAAAUAGAUAUAAAGGAAAAAUUUACAAAUAAGUUCAAGGAAUUAAGAAAGGAAUUUACAGCUCAAGAUAAUGAAUUUUGGAAGAAGAUAAAAGUCCCCGUCAUGCGUGUAGUCCAGGAAGAGGAACCAGAAUACCCGGCAGUUAUUUUGCUUGUCGUUCCAAAGGGAGGUACCACAUCUAGAACUGCUACCUGUCUGGCAAAGAACUACAUAACAAAACUCAGCAACCUUCACACUGGUGGAAACCAGAAGGGUGGCUACAUAAAUGUCCAAAGUAUACGUGCCGAUUCGGUGGAUGAUGUUAAAUAUCAGCUUGAUAAUGAAAUCAAGCAUGUGUUUGAUACAAGGGCUCUUAAACUCCAUACUGUUGUCAUUGAUCAUAUUGAGGCCCUUGAUCCCCAAGUCAUGUUGCUUUUCCAUGGUUAUUGUGAUGGUGACCAUGCACCUUAUAAAAAGGCAGUAAUCAUGUUAGUCCUUCAUACUGACCUUGACACUAAAGUAGCGGAUGAUUUGGACAGGGUUGUAGAUCAACAUCUCCAUUCUCUGUGGCAGAAAGGUCUUGAUGAUGAUAAGAUUCCUCCAUUAAUUGCUAGAGUGGCUAAUAACAAAGCAAUGGUUCGAGAUGAAAAAUCAGAGACUCUUUGCUAGUAAAGAGUACAUAUGUGUUGUUGAAAACGUUACAUAUCUUCAUGUUCAUUGUAAUUUAUGUUGACUCAGUUAUUUGAUUAUUAUAAAAGUGAUGAAUAAAAUACUUUUCAAUGA